CUAUAUAACAUUGUUUCUCAUAGACAACUCCAACUUCCAAUUUCCACAUUCUCAUUACAUAGACAAGCUUUGAGGAAAAUGUAUUUCAGUUUAUUCACUGUAUUGAAAUGGAAUUGACCCUAAACCUGGUGCGAAAUCACUUUCUUAAAGGCCCAGUCCAACAGGACCUUGGCCCUGGCUGCUGCUGCCCCCUAGUGGUAGGAUGUGAGACGUGGGAAUAGACUCGUCCCAAUCUCUCUCUCCUCCCGACAAGUUUAAAAACAUUGGAUUGGUUUAGGCAUAGGCCAUGGAACAAGUUUCCAUACCUGGCAUUUUCUUUACAAUUUUAAAUUUUAUUUCACCUUUAUUUAAACCAGGUAGGCCAGUUGAGAACAAGUUCAAAUUUACAACUGCGACUUGGCCAAGAUAAAGCAAAGCAGUGCGACACAAACAACAACACAGAGUUACACAUGGAAUAAAUAAACAUACAGUCAAUAACACAAUAGAAAAUGUCUAUAUACAGUGUGCGCAAAUGAGGUAUUCAAGAAGGGAAGUGAACAAGUGCACACUACAGGAGAAGGGAGAUAUUGGCACUCAAACUGUGGCAUAAUCCACAUAUCUACCUCCAUUCCUAACAUCAUUACACUGCGACAUUUAUGACAAUUACAAAAUGCAUUCAUGUGAUUGAAUGUGGCAGAAAAGUAGUUUAAAAGCAUUUCUGUUGUGAAAUGUUAACUAAAAAGGUAGACUCAGCAAUAUGACGUAGAUGCAGAAAGUAAACCGCAUAGUGGGUCAAUUUCAACAACAACUAAGAGUGUUCUUCUCUGCUGUUCUGUUGCCCUGGAUACCAACCUUUAAACAGCGUGAUGCGAACCUGUGCACAUGCACAGAUACUGUGUGUGACUGCGAAGUGUUGCAUCUCGUUGAUCUCAAUAUCUCCGGUCCGUGGCAUCGUCAUUUUGCGGAGUCUAUCUGGAUGUGUUAUAUUUUUCUUGUGUCAACAUGACAGGUAUAUUCAUUCAUGGCUUGAGCAGGGAGGUCUGGAUUGGACUUCAGCCAUACAGAGGGAGUUUGGGAGUGGGUUGAUGGGACCAGUGCUGUAAAAAGUACCCUAUUUUCAUACUUGAGUAAAAGUAAAGAUACCUUAAUAGAAAAUGACUCAAAUAAAAGUAAUCCAGUAAAAUACUACUUGAGUAAAAGUAAAAAAAAGUAUUUGGUUUUGAAUAUAGUUAAGUAUCAAAAGUAAAUGUAUAAAUAGUGGGUUGAUGGGACACCUCAUCUUAUGGAGUUGUGUUGGAUAUCAAUUUCAAGUUUUAAGCAGUUCGUUUUUAUUUGUAAUUAAACUGGCAUAUCAUAAAUGUAUGUAAUCUAGUGCACUAAAUAUAUAAUAGAAGUUAGCAGGUGUUAUAUUAGUGGUGAAGAAUACAUGUACACCAUUGUGUAAUGUAUUGUAGUGAAUGUGGGGACUAGUCCCAGCGACUGUCAACCCAACACCUUAGUAGUUACACCAGGAGAUAUGAAACCUUUGAGGUUGCUAGGUGUUGGGUUAAGGUCACUACAGUAUAAACUCAGUCUAGACCAGGUUAUGAGGUUGCUAGGUGUUGGGUUAAGGUCAAUACAGUAUAAACUCAGUAUAGACCAGGUCAUGAGGUUGCGAGGUGUUGGGUUAAGGUCACUACAGUAUAAACUCAGUAUAGACCAGGUUAUGAGGUUGCUAGGUGUUGGGUUAAGGUCACUACAGUAUAAACUCAGUAUAGACCAGGUUAUGAGGUUGCUAGGUGUUGGGUUAAGGUCACUACAGUAUAAACUCAGUAUAGACCAGGUUAUGAGGUUGCUAGGUGGAGGGUUAAGGUCACUACAGUAUAAACUCAGUAUAGACCAGGUUAUGAGGUUGCUAGGUGUUAGGUUAAGGUCACUACAGUAUAAACUCAGUAUAGACCAGGUCAUGAGGUUGCGAGGUGUUGGGUUAAGGUCACUACAGUAUAAAUUCAGUAUAGACCAGGUUAUGAGGUUGCUAGGUGUUGGGUUAAGGUCAAUACAGUAUAAACUCAGUAUAGACCAGGUUAUGAGGUUGCUAGGUGUUGGGUUAAGGUCACUACAGUAUAAACUCAGUAUAGACCAGGUUAUGAGGUUGCUAGGUGUUGGGUUAAGGUCACUACAGUAUAAACUCAGUAUAGACCAGGUUAUGAGGUUGCUAGGUGUUGGGUUAAGGUCACUACAGUAUAAACUCAGUAUAGACCAGGUUAUGAGGUUGCUAGGUGUUGGGUUAAGGUCACUACAGUAUAAACUCAGUAUAGACCAGGUUAUGAGGUUGCUAGGUGUUGGGUUAAGGUCACUACAGUAUAAACUCAGUAUAGACCAGGUUAUGAGGUUGCUAGGUGUUGGGUUAAGGUCAAUACAGUAUAAACUCAGUAUAGACCAGGUUAUGAGGUUGCUAGGUGUUGGGUUAAGGUCACUACAGUAUAAACUCAGUAUAGACCAGGUUAUGAGGUUGCUAGGUGUUGGGUUAAGGUCACUACAGUAUAAACUCACUAUAGACCAGGUUAUGAGGUUGAUAGGUGUUGGGUUAAGGUCACUACAGUAUUAACCAGGUGGUGGGGACUGUCUGGUAAUUAGUCAAAUAUGAUGUUAUUGGUGUAGAAACAGUAAAUGAUCAGUAGGCUGGAUGUAUUAUUUAUAAACAUUAUAUUGUGAAGACAUGUUUAUUUAGUUAAUAGCAUUACACUGGACCAAACCUGUCUGUCUGGCUGUCUGUUGAAUUACACUGGACCAAACCUGUCUGGCUGUCUGUUGAAUUACACUGGACCAAACCUGUCUGGCUGUCUGUUGAAUUACACUGGACCAAACCUGUCUGGCUGUCUGUUGAAUUACACUGGACCAAACCUGUCUGGCUGUCUGUUGAAUUACACUGGACCAAACCUGUCUGGCUGUCUGUUGAAUUACACUGGACCAAACCUGUCUGUCUGUCUGUUGAAUUACACUGGACCAAACCUGUCUGGCUGUCUGUUGAAUUACACUGGACCAAACCUG